AUUUUGUAUGCGUUAGCAUGUAAUUUGUGGUUAGCAUUCUUUAAAGUUUGUGAUUUUGUUUGUUGAGAGAAAUUUUCAUAUUGCUGUAAUUCAUAAGUUUUAACCACUGGAUACUCGGCAAAAAUCUUACAAUUUCAAACGCAUCAUCAGUAGUGCAAGCUAAUAUAUCUUUGGAAAAGAAAACAGCAAUCCUUCAAAAUGAGUAUGAGACCAGACGAUCAUCGUAGAAAAUGGGACAAAGAUGAAUUUGAAAGAAUAGCAGCAGAAAGAUUAAAAGCUGAAUUAGAAGAAGAGGAGCGAUCCCAAAAGAAAGCCCCGCCCGUUAAGAGAGAGUUAUUGAAACAACGCGAUUACAAAGUUGAUUUAGACUCAAAGUUGGGUAAAAGUGUAGUAAUCACAAAGAACACCCCAACAUCACAAUCUGGAGGCUACUACUGUAAUGUUUGCGACUGUGUUGUAAAGGAUUCUAUUAACUUCCUUGAUCACAUCAAUGGCAAGAAACAUCAAAGAAAUCUUGGCAUGUCCAUGAAGAUUGAACGAAGCUCAUUGGAUCAGGUGAAAGCUCGUUUUGCAUUGAAUAAAAGAAAACUAGAAGAGAAGAAGCGAGACUAUGAACUAGACACACGCCUCAAGGAAGCAGCGGAAGAGGAAGCCAGACUCAAGGAGCUUAGACGGGAGAGACGUCGUGACAAGAAACGGAAGCUUCAAGAAAAUGAUGAUGAUGAUGAGGUACCAGCUCAGUCUGAGCUGGCCCAAAUUAUGGGUUUCUCUGGUUUUGGGGCUUCCAAGAAAUAGAUUGUUUUAUAAAAUAAUGAUUUUAAUUAUAAAUAAACUUUUUGUCCAUCAAA